CACCCUCACACGACCGUCGCUCCUUCGCCACUCAUACCCCUCGCACUCACUGACCGCCGCGGCCAGCCCUCACCCACUCACUCGCCUCUGGCCACCUCUGCGUCCAGUGUCGCGUCUGCGGUGCGGCCAUGAGCGUCGCCGCUCCCGCCGCCGAUCCCGACACGACCUUCUCGCUCGUCGAUCUCAGCGUCUGCCCGCAGCAGGCGCAGCAUGACGCCUCAGCACCACACACGCCUGCCUCCGCAUCGCGCACACGCGAUCUCUUGACGUCGUCGCCGCGCUCGCCCGUCUGCCUGCUCGGCUCCACGCCGACGAUGCGCAGCGGCAUGCUGCCCGAGCAGCACCUGCAGGCACGCAGCGUCUCGGCCUCGUCGUCCCGCAGUGCCAGUGCAGCACCGACACUCCCCUCUGUCACUUCCUCGCCAACCUCAUCCUUCUCCUCCCUGCCCUGUUCCUCCGACGCGCCGACCGACACCGAAGAGGAGUCCGACGGUGAAGGCGAGCCGGCCGAGCCGCCCAUCUACUUUGGCACGCCGUCGCGCGAGGAGCAUGCGCGCCGGCGCAAGGUCAGCGCGCGCAUGCGCGAGCGGCGACUACUGCGCAAGGACAGCUUGGACCUGGCGCGGCGACGCAGCAUCGGGCCGAUGGACAUGCCAAUUAGCGAGGCGGAGGCGCCCGUGUCCGACGCUGCUUCACCGGCCGCUGAGGUGGAGCGCGAGGAGGAAGAGGAAGAGGAGACAGGCUCGUACGGCGGCAGAGAGGAGUCGGUGGGAUGCAGGACCAUCGGGCAGCUCGAUGCCAGUGCCGAGCCAAACGCCUCGUGGCCAGUCUCGCAAGAGCAGGACGACGAGCCGCAGCUCACGGCGGACGCAGCAGCGCACGAGGAGCUCCUCGAGGCGCAGGCAGAGCCGACGAGCGAAGCUGCUGCCUUCGACGAGCAGGAGCCGGCGGCUGGCGCUUUUCACGAGAGCACCUCAUCUUCGUUCGCCGAGCCCUCGACCGCCGAGCUGCCUCUUGUCGUCACGGACGACACGCCGUUCGAGGCUAACUUGAGCUACAAGACCGAGUCGAGCUACCGGACAGAGUCCGAGUCGGGCGAUGAGGAGGGGGAGGGCCAGGCGGAGGAGGAGCAGAAGCAAGAAUGGCAGGGCGAGGAAGAGAAGGGACCGCAAGGUGGCGCAGAGUCCGACGAGGAGCACAACGCGAGUGACGACGCAGCGAGCGAGUCUGGCUCGCGGCAUGCACUCGAGGCGGAAGCAGCGCCAGAUGCUAGCGCGACGGACCUCGAUCGCACUCUUCGCCUGUCUUCUCUCGGCCAGCAAGACGCCGCUCCCGCCGCAGUGGAUCUUGCAGACGAGCAACGUACAGCGAGCCCUGCUACAGAAGCAGCGGAGCUGGACGAAGACGCUCCGCUGGACGAAGACGUUCAUGAUUCUGCCGACAUCUGCGUUGAUGCGUCCAUCCCGACGGCAGCAAGCGCCUCGUCUCGGCUCGCAGAGCCCGACACACCUCAGGAGCACGCGCAGGUCGAGCCGCCGAGCGAGAUGGAGCCGACGCACGAGAUUCCAGCUGCAGAUGCUGAGCCGCUGCAGUCGCCAGAGCUCUCUCAAGUUGAGGUCGCGCAAGAGCCCGAGCUUUCUACGCGCAAAGCUGAAGUCGAGAGCGAGGCGCCGGCUGUGCAGAGUGCUGCCGAGCCAGAGGCUUCUGCAGUGCUGGCCGAGGCUGAGCCGGUCGAGCCAAGGCAGGCUUCCGCCUCUGAGGCCGACGAAGCCCCGCGGGUUGAGUCUCCGGUGCUCUGCCCGACGGACGACGACGAAGCCGAGCAAACCUGCAGCGCCAGCCUCAUCGAUGCAGAUCCCGAGUCCGAGCGCUCGACUGCCGAUGUCUUCAGCUCAAGCCCCAUGCGCGCCGCAGUGCACGUCGCGGCGCCGUCGUCGUCGCAAGCGCCGUCGCCGCCCUCCACGCCAAUGCGCAUCUCGCGCGGCGCGAUGCUCACGCCGCAGUCCUGUGCGCUUGCAGCCGGCUCGCCCGUCUCGUUCGACUAUGCGUCGUCGCCCGGCGUCGCGCUUGCUGCGCACGGCACGCGCGCUGGCGACUUGAGCCUGUUGAACAACCUGCGCGCUGAGGCGCGACACGACUCGGCUGGGCCGGAGAGUCCUUUUGUGCUGUCGCGUUACGCAAUGGAGCGGCAAGACUUCAUCGAGGAGGGCCUCGAGCUCGCAAGCAAGCGAUCCGGCCCCGCUGAAGGUGCCAGUCCAGUGCGUCGGCGCAAGAGCGCGCGCUUGAGCAUGCGGUACGACGAGGAAGAGGCCAGACGGCAGCAAUCGCCGCACAAGGCAACUGCACUUGUCUCGCCGAACAAGUCGUCGCCGAGCAAGCCGAGGCCUGCAAACGUCGCCGAUGCACUCAAUGCAUGGGCAGAUGCAAAGACGAUGAGCCCCGUGAAGCUGCAGCCCGUCUCGCCGCCAGCUUGGUCGCUCGGCGCAGCUAGCCCUCGCAAGCCUCUGCGCGCUCUGGAGCGCUCUCAAGGACACGGCAGUCCGUUCAAGGCGAGAGAGGAGAAUGCGUCGUCGCCGUCGCGCAUCCCGCCUCCGACGCGCGUGCUCGAGAUCGCUCGUGCGGUGCCGCUGCCUCCGAGCUCGCCCGAAGCGCCCGAGCAGCCGAAAAGCUCCGCGCCGGUCAGUGAGGCCGACGGCCCGACCGAGGAAGCGGUCGCUGCGCCAUCACAGGCGAAGGCAGGUCCGUCAGCACGACUGGCAGAGUCGCUGCGAGCUGCUCGUCUCGCUUCAGCACAGCCAGCGCCGCAUCUAGCCGCGCCCGCUCCUAGCGCUGCUGCAAAAGCUGCUCCUGUCGCUGGACCCUCUGCUGCCGCGCGACCGCCGACAGGCGUGCCCGCACCUGCUCGUCAGCUGGCUGCCAGUGUGUCGGGGAUUCGAGCGCCGACUGCCGGCCCAGCUGUAUCGUCGCGUCUGCCCAAGCCAGCAGCAGCGUCUGGCAUCGCCCGACCCGUGGCCAGCGUGCCUCGCAAGGUGCUGCCUGCACCGAAGCCGGUCGCAAGCUCGUCUCUGCGGCGAGCAGUCGCCCCUGCCCCGGUUGCGGCGCGCGCUGUGCCUUCUGCAGCCGCCACGGUCCGCAGACCAGCGCUGGCCAAGCCGCAAGUCGAGCGCAAGGCGCAUCUCGGGCGACCUCUGCUGGCUUCGCGGGCGGCGUCCGCUGAUCAGCCUCCUGCGACGCCCCUUGGCGCUGGCGCCUCCGCUGCGACAUCUGAGUUGAGGCCAGCAGUCGCAUCCGCGCCCAGCUCGUUCGCCGCUGCAGAGCGGCCUCGUCUGCCAGCGCCCUCGCCUGCUCCGACGGCGCCAGUCGCGGCAGAGGCACUGGCGCCGCCGCCUGUGCGGACCAUCCGCUCCGCCGCUGUUGCAAGCCGCGGCCCCGCGAGUGCAGCUCCUCGUCGACCGACGCCGGAGAACCAGGCCUCUGCUGUGCGCCUACAGUCCGCCGCCGCACCGAAGCUCGGUGCUCUUGCUGCCUCUUCCUCGCCAGAACGGCCCGUGGUGCGCAGCGCAGCAAUGCGUGCGCCUGUCAUCCGAGACGCGCGUCUGGCCAGCAGUGUGCCUGCCAGUCGCGUGUGGGACAGUCCGUCCAAGCUCAACCGUGCGAUGUCCUCCUCGACCAGCGCACUGCCAAGCGCAAAGCCAGCCUCUUCCUCGUCCUCGCCCGUGCGAGCUGCCUCGCGCGAGGCACGCGCCACUCAGCCUCCGCCACCGCCGCCAGAGUCGUCGGUGUAUGGCCCGCAAGCGGCACCCGGCCGAGCACGGCGCGUCCCAGCCGGCUCGCUUGCCGCGAUCAAAACGCCGCCUGCUGCUCCUGCGCAGCCAGUCCAAGCGCCCGUGCCUGCGUCGUCGUUGCCGCCGCUCAGUGCCUCUACAGCUGCCGCUACAUCGACAAGCACUCGCGGCGCUUUCGGUGCAUCCGUCCCGCAGCUGAGCAGCGCAGCGCCGAGCGGGCCGAGCGUGGCUGCGCGUGGCGGACGCCAGCCGCUGAGCGCAAGUCAGGUGCAGAGCGCCGCCGCCAUCGUCGAGGCCGAUAGCUCCGUGUCUCCGAUGAAGGCGGCGCGCCGGGCUCUGCAGUCAGGCGAGGCGGCGCCCAGCAGCGGUGGCAUCGAUGACGGUGAGGAGCGCGGCGCCAAGUCUCUGCGGCCACGACGUGCGGUGCCCGCGACCCAGGGCCAGACGCUGGCCUCGCAGCGCCUCUUCCCCUCUGCUGCGCCGAUGACAGAGGCGCCGGUGGCUCCGAGCAUGCCCGUACCUGCUCCCGUCAAGCGCAGUGCUGCACGUGUGCCCACCGCCUCCUCGGUGCUCAAUCCCACCGGCGCCGGCGAUCGUGCGCCCGAGAUCCCCAUGUCGCACGCCGAGCUGGUGCGUCUGACAAAUCAGCACACGCGGCGCAACGAGGUGUACCUGGCCAAGCUCGACGUCGUCUCGAUUCGCAUCGAGGGCCCGCGGCCGCCAAGCCCGACGGCCAAGGUGCCCAAGGUGACGGGCGCACGCAUGGACCGGGCCGAGGCAGCCAAUGCGCGCGAGCGGCGCGCUCGCAAGCGCGGCAGUGAAGAGUCCGACGACGACUCGUGCUCGUCGCGCGCACAGUCGGCCGAUCCGGAGCAGCACAUGCGCGGCGCUGGCGAGCUCGAGGCGUACCACACGCCCCAGCGCGAGCCGGCCGCGGCUGCGGCACGCAAAAAGAGCGUGCGCUGGCACAAGGCGCUCUUUGUCGGCCCCAGCGAGGCGCCCGCAGACCUCAUCGCCGAGCCGGACCGCAGUCCUGCGCGGCGCGCGGGCGCAGCGAGAGGCCGGAGCUCGCUGGCUGCAAAGACCUUCCCGCUCGACCGCAACGGCAACAUCGCCGAGGCCGACGCACCCCUCUCGCCGCGCCUGCGCAAGGUGCGCGUCAAGAUCAUCAAGAACAUCUUCGACGACGACCUCUGAGCGUCGCGCUGGGCUCCUGUGCUGCUCUGGAAUGCAUCCUUCGGCGGCGGCACGCGCCCUGCCUCUGUCUCU